UUUUAAAUCCGUGCUAAUUUAUGCAGUUUAUUUGAGAUUGUGAAGUUUCCUGCGAAGACUCUAUGCACAUUGUGCAAAUGCAUUUGAAAUAGAAACUACUAAAGACAAUCUAUUUUAUAUAUCUAUAAAAUAUAUCUAAAUUCCUAGUUUGAUAUAUUACGUAACUGCUGCCAGUUAUGAUAAAAACAAUAAACUUCCUAUUUUCAAAAAAAUAAGAUUUAUGCUAUGGAUAACAAAACACUUGACCACAAUAAAAUUGCUCAUAACAUUGUUAAUGCUGUGGUUCCAUCAUCAUUUAUGAAAACGAACAAAUGCUCUCAACAAAUAUACAAGAAAGUGAAACAUCAUAUUUUUGAAGAUGCACUUAAGUUGCUUCAAAAAAAGCAGCAUGUUACUGAUAUAAUUUUGACACAAAAACAGAAAAUUCAAGCAAUACUCCACAGUGAAAUUUUAUUGGCAGAGCAAAAAAGUUUAAAUAAUGGAUUAAAUGUCACUCGUAAUGAUACUUGUAUUAAAGAAGACAUUAAAAAUAUAAAACCUUUAAACACAAGAAAAGAUUCAGUUGCAGUUAAUAGUUAUUUUGAACACUUGAGUCAAUAUAAAAAAGAUAUAGAAUUGUUUAAUCGAGUAAAAGGAUUAGAAAUGAGAGGAAAGAAGUACAAAAUUUCAAAUGAUGGUUCUUGUCCAAAAUGUUCUUUUAAGAAGAAUGUUUUUGUGAUUUUAGAUUUUCUUUUUCUGUCUGGAGAUAUGCCAGAAAUAUUGCAGUACCUGAUGGCUAAAGGAAAUGCUAUUUUAUGGUCUAGCAAAGGAGCAACAAAUUGUAAGGACCCCCCCACUUUUUUGUGUAGUGGUCGAUGUCCUUCUGAUGUAUCAAAAAGUGGAUUUAAUAUUAAUUGGGGAAAAACAGAUCUUGAAAAGAUUUAUUUAUACUCUGAUGAAAGUAAAGAUAAGCUUGAAGUUGUUAUUCCUCAGGAUGAAAAUGAUUCCACUUCAACAACAUCAGGACAAGACAUGGAAGAUGAAGAUUAUAUUGAAAAAGAUUUAAAUCAAUCGGAAUAUUCAGAUGAAGAAUACGAUGAAGGACUUGUGGAUAUUAGUUACUAUAGAAACAAAGUGAUGUGGGUAGUUCUUGAUGAAAUUGUUGAAGAACGUGACAAAUUGUUUGUUGAUGAAGAAGCUGCUAUACGAACAAUGUUAGCUUUAGAAGAGGCACGUAAUGAUUAUAUAACUGGAGAAAUGAAGGUAAAGUCAGUGGGUGCAGAAGAAAAUAAUACUUUAAUGGAACAAGAGGAAUCUAAGAAUGUUAAGAAUGUUGCAGCUGCAACUAAUUUAUUGGUGGAUACAGCAAUAGCAACAAAUUCAUUAGUUGAUAGCGAAAUAGUAUCUUGUCCUUCAUCAAGCUUAACAACUGCUGGUUCAGCUGCACGAGAUAUGCUUACAAAUGCUGGUGCAGCUGCACGAGACAUUUUAAGAAGAGAAAACAAAUCAAAAACAGUCCCAAUUAAAACCCCAACUCAUAUUUUAAAACUUCCUUCUCUAUAUAUUGCAAAAGAAGUUAAAAAACCAGCUUUCACUGCUGCUGAUUUUCCUGUUUCUAGUGAUGGAGCUUGCCCUUAUUGCAAAUCAACAAAUGUUGUUUACAUUAUUAUUCAAGAUGAUGAUCUUAAGGAAGAAGAACUUCCACCUCUUUUAACAAAGCUUCUCAAAGAAGAAAACGCUAAAAAAGUAAAGAAAGGAGAAUAUGAUUUGCCUUCAUUUCAAUGUAAACAAUGUACAUAUGGAUUUAAUUUGGAUUGGUCAAUGUCAAGUCUAGAGACUAUAUUUCUUAAAAAAGAUGAUAAAAAACAAAUCAAACGAAAGGCAAAUAUCUAUGAGCAGCAAACUGCUUCUUAUUAUGCAAGUUACUUUGGUUACCAACAACCAUGUUACAUUCCUAAUCAAUGGAUGGGUUACAUUCCUCAUAAUAAUCCAGUCAACCCUUAUGCAUAUGGAUCUUAUGGACCUUAUGGAUCUUAUGGAUAUUAUUCUCAAAAUUCUAAUUUGCAGGAAACUUAUGUUGGUAAUGUUUCAAACGUAAGUAAUACGAUUUCUACUAAUGCAACAGAUACAAAAGUUGUUGGAAAUUCUAUAGUUGAAAAAAUCGAAGUUUCAUCCAAUCUUAAGGAAAUAAAUGAAGAAGAUAUUUUGACCGAAGUAAAAGAGCCAUCUGAUAAUAAAGCUGCUUGCGAAAAUGAAAAUUUAUCUUUACAGAUAAAUAAACAUAAAUCUAUGUCUGAAACAAUACAAAAUGAUUCUCUAAAGUUAGAUCAAAUGACUCAAUUGAUUGAUGCAAAGAAUUCUGAAGUUAAUAAAUUAGGUAUAAAAAAUGUUGAACUUGAUAUUAGUGAUUUAAAUAAUGGUGAACUUAUAACUAGCGAUCUAAUCAACGGUGAGUUUAAAACAAAUGAUCAAAAUGGUAACCAAAAGAAUAGAGAUCUCGAGAAUCCUCUAAACUCAGAUAGAAUUGUUUCAAACUUUGAACAAAAUGGUACUGUUUCUACUACAAAUGAAAUACUCAAAAAUGAUUGUUCUUUAACGCCAAAAUCCAAUCAUGGAGCAAACAUUUAUUUUUCAAAUGAUUCGAUAAAACCAGAAUUUUUAACGAAUGCAUCGAGUAUAAACGUCAUCGAUGACUGUAAUAAAUGUUCCCUAGAAAAUGAAAUAUCUAUCGAUAAAAUGGGUUCUUCAAACUCUGAUAUAUACCUUGAAGAUUUUGGUAAAUCUUUUGAAAAUGAUCUUAAUAAAAUUAAUCAUUCUUUAGAAGUUGAAAACAAAAGUUCCUUCAACGAGGUUGGUAUAAAUAAUGUCUGUAAUGAUGUAAAAAAUGAAGACAAAAAUAAAAUAUUUGGUACGUCUAAUGACAAUAAGAAAUUGAAAAAAAAUAAAAGUGUGACUAAACGAGUGACUAGAAGCAGCUUGCUUUCAGCACCAAAAAAAAAAAAAAAUUUAGAUUCGGAAUUGUCGGAAACAAACGAUCAGGUUUGUGAAGGUAAUGCUAGCUCUUUAAGUAUGAUGGCAUCAACAGAUGAAAAGCUAAAAGAUUUGGCUGUGGAUACAAAUAAUUUCAACUCUGCUCUUUUAAGUCAACAAGUGUUAAAAAACACGGAUAGUCAUUACGAUUCAGACAUUUUAAAAAAUGCUGACGGUGAAUUUAUUGAUUCCACAAAUGAAAUUAAAGUUGAAACAAUUUCAAAUACAAAAUCUAAAAGUGUAAGAGGGCGUAAAAGAGGUAGAGGUAGAAGGAAAUCAAAACUAUAAAAUGUAAAAGUUCAAAUAAUUUCAUGUAAAAAAUGUGAAGGUGUUGACGGGCGUAAAAAAGAAAUGAUAAAAAUAAUAUUUUGAGAUUAAGAAUGAAAAAUGUAGAUAGGACAAAAUUUUGAAAUCUUAAUUCGUUAGAAGGUGUAAAAGAGCAUAUUGCUGAUGAAAUUAAAAAGAGUAUAUUGUUAACGUAUAAGAUGUUUUUGAUAAAUAAAAGUAUAUUGUUAAUGAUCGUAUAAGAUGUUUUUGAUAAAAGUAUAUUUUAACUAUCAACUUUUACCUUUCGUUAUUUUACAAGUAUUAUUAUAUGAUCCUGAUCAGAAGUGAAACCAGAUUCAUAUGGCAUGUCGUUAUUCAUAUAGUAGUUAGACUAUGCGAAGCUCGUUUUGUUUUUGGAAUUCAUUUGCCUCAGAUGCGUCUCCUCUGUUUGGUUCAAUUAUAUUUGAAUAAAUAAUUUAUAACGUAAAA